AUGGCAAAGGGUCCUCGUCAAAUAAGCCUAUCUCAGCGAGAACAGGAAGACAAAGAAGGAGGGAGGGGUGUUUUCAAAAAUGCCGAGUUGCGUGAGGCGGGUGGGUCCGACGAUGUCGGAUCCGGGUCGAAUUGCAAACAAAACCACCACUUCUCUGUUCAGAAUCUUGCUAGUGGUGAUGCAAGCUCCAUAGCACAAAAACCUAAAAUUUCUUAG